CAGCUCCGGCGGCGGGCGGCGAUCCGCAGCCUCGCCCGGCCCGGCACAGCCCGGCUCGCCGGGACACGGGGGACUCAGGAAGCUGCCGGUGCCGGGAUCGGCAUUGCCGGAGGGAAAGGCCGGUCACCGAUGACUGUUUUCCCGAAGCAGGGAGGAAUGUUUCAGCCAGUGGGAAGCCUGAAGGAGCAAUACCAAUUUUGGAAGGACGUUCUAUUUGUUUAUUAAAAAGCACGUGAAUGUCAGAGGAACUUACAGAUACGUGGAGACAGAGAUAAGUUGUUGACAAAUCAGCAGUUAACAAAGGCAGAGUGAAGGAUUUGCCACGUCGAGACUGAAGGUGUAAGACUAAAAACCUACAGGGAGAUCAGCUCAGCAGCAGCUAUUCCACAUUUUUUACCUGCCAUCCCACGGCUUCUAGGGGAUCUUUGUUACACAUUCAGAAGAACAGAAAGCACUGUCACGAGUACAUAAUUGUGUCACCUAAAAUUUGGUACCAGCCAUAGUGUAGAUGGCUCAGCUUCCUCCUGGGAUUCGUUUCAUCACUUCAUUUUCACGAGAUCAGUGGUAUAGAGCCUUCAUUUUCUCUCUCACAUUCCUGCUGUAUGCCAGCUUCCACUUAUCAAGGAAACCUAUUAGUAUAGUUAAGGGAGAGCUGCAUAAGCAUUGUGCUGCUUCACAUGAAGUUGAACUUGACUCCUACAAAGAAUAUGCUGCCCAGAUUCAGCCUCUCAAAAAGCCAUUUAACACCUCUCAGUGUGGUUGGGAGCCAUUUGAUAAGAACAACUACAAACAGUUACUGGGAGCGCUGGAUUACUCGUUUUUGUGUGCAUAUGCAGUUGGAAUGUAUUUAAGUGGACUGAUAGGAGAGCGGCUGCCGAUCCGGUACUAUCUGACGGGUGGGAUGCUCUCCAGUGGGCUCUUCACUGCCAUGUUUGGAUUGGGUUAUUUCUAUAACGUACAUAAUCUGUGGUUUUACAUCAUGGCCCAGAUAGCAAAUGGGUUGGUGCAAACUACUGGCUGGCCGAGUGUCGUUACAUGUAUUGGCAACUGGUUUGGAAAAGGAAGGAGAGGUUUGAUCAUGGGAAUCUGGAAUUCACACACUUCAGUGGGAAAUAUCUUGGGAUCCUUAAUUGCUGCUUACUGGGUGUCCACGUGCUGGGGUCUCUCCUUCGUGGUGCCCGGAGUCAUCGUUGCUGUGAUGGGGAUUGUUUGCUUCCUGUUUCUCAUUGAACAUCCUAAGGAUGUGAGUUGCUCCUGCACACCAUCCAGUAGUUCUAAAACCUUCCUGAAUGGUACCUCUCGGUGCAGAAUCCAGAUACCGACCUUAAAUGCUAAGGAAAAUGGCAAACCUCAGCAGGAUCCAGAGAUGCAGCACUUACUUACUGACAGUGAAAACUGCAGCGUGUCCCUGAAUUCCAGCACUGUGGUCAGUGGGGAAGGAAGACAUGGCACAUCAGCAAUCAGCUUCCUUGGGGCCUUGAGAAUACCUGGAGUUGUAGAGUUCUCCCUUUGUCUUCUGUUUGCAAAACUAGUGAGCUACACUUUCCUCUUCUGGCUUCCCCUCUAUAUCACAAGUGUAGAGCAUCUUGAUGCCAAAAGAGCUGGGGACCUUUCUACAUUGUUUGAUGUGGGUGGAAUCUUUGGUGGAAUUUUGGCAGGUCUCAUUUCAGACAGGCUGGAGAAGAGGGCAUCAACCUGUGGGAUGAUGUUAUUGCUCGCAGCACCCACGUUGUACAUGUUCUCUACAGUCAGUAAAAUGGGACUUGAGGCUACUGUGGUGAUGCUGCUUAUCAGUGGUGCCCUGGUGAAUGGCCCUUAUGCCCUGAUCACCACUGCUGUCUCUGCUGACUUGGGUACCCACAAAAGCCUGAAAGGGAACGCAAGAGCCUUGUCCACAGUGACGGCGAUCAUCGAUGGAACUGGAUCUGUAGGUGCAGCUUUGGGGCCUCUCUUGGCUGGUCUUAUUUCCCCAUCUGGUUGGAACAACGUGUUUUACAUGCUCAUGGUGGCAGAUGCGUGUGCCUUGCUACUCUUACUCCGUCUUAUUCAGAAGGAGCUUCAGUGUGAUGCAGAUCACACCCUGUUUAAAGAGCACUGAGCUACACGAGCAGAGCUGGAAUAAGGACUGUGCCAGUGGUCGGAGCUCUUCCCUGAAAUCCAGACUUCAUGGGAUGUAUUAUGCUGUGUUUAAGAGAUUCUGUUUGGUGAAGAACUUUGCACCAUUACUGGAAGCAGUGUGAGAAAUGCAGCUGGUAACUCCCUGAAGCUCUUUAUUUUUGCACAUGAGUAAGUACCUCAGGAUGGCAACUAUUCAUCAGACAAAGAGAUGGGAACUUUGGGAAGGUUUUAGCAGCACGCCUCAACUGAGCCAAAGAGAAAUACCAAGUGCCUUUUUUGUUUCUUUUGAUAGGAUGUUUUUAAUUAAACUUAUGAACUGUGUUUUUGCCAAAAAUCAAGGCUAAACUAGAGCAGAAGGAAGCUGAAGUUGUACCAGCCCGACGUGGCUGUCCCAGUGUCAGUGAGCGAAGUGUGUGUUUCUUUUGUCAUCUUGUGUCCAUUGAGGGCAUCUCUUUACAGAGGACAAUAUCAGCUGGUUAUUAAGAUAUGCUGCUAUUAGUAUUUUGAAACUGCUCAGACAGUAGCCACCCACUGUAUUAUUAGUUUUUAACUACAGUACUACUUCCCAAGGACAACAUCCAGCCUUUUGGUAGGCAAUGAAAUGGAGUUUACUCUUGCCAUGUACUGCAGUUAGCAGUUUUCACAGAAUCUCUGGAUGAGUGUUAGUCCUCAGUUAGGAUUGUGCAAAGAAAAAAAAAAAAAAAGGAGUCCUAAGCAACAAAAAGCAGCUUAUGAGUCAGAAUUUCCAGUGGGGGCUCUAAUGAUUUUCAGGGCAUUAUAAACUGGCUGUGCAAACGUCACAUAAUUGUCUGCCAGGCUGGGCUGAAAUGAGAGGUGGUUUCUUGUGAACUGUGAGCUGUCCUUUUUGUUACAGCACUUGUGGCUUGAGCAGAUGAGCUGCCUCAGUGCCCACUUGCCACAGGGAUCUCUGUUGGGUACUCGUGAUUUCCGUGCUGGGGUGCGCAUGUGGAAGUUGCAGAUCAGGGCCUUAAUAUCCAGAAAUGUCUCUCAAGUGGCUCAUUUCCAUUGGCUCUGAAUUUCAGAUUUGGAGCCGAAAUAUCAGAAAAAUUACCUGUGUGGGCAGUAGUUUGUGAGAGAACAUUUGAGUAACUAGUGUUACCAAGCAAAUAGAUGGUUUAAUGUCUUCAGAACAUACAAUUUCUUUGUACAGCUGCUUUGCAAACAUAUGUUUCUGUGAUUCUUUUCUUUUUUAAGAUGUAUAAAGUGAAGAGAAAUCCUUUUUGUAUGAGGUGUUUAUACUUAAAUCACAAAGGCUAGAUAAUUUAAACCAUGUGUUGUCCUUAACUGUAUUUAUUAAAGCUCUAGGAAUAUGUCUUGUUCUGAACUAUGCUCUUAAGUUCUGUGAAACAGUGCAGCAGUCUUUACACUUGAUCAACAGAACACUCUAAAAUAGUCCUGCAGAAAUGUCUCAUCAGCUGCUGGUGGUGUGUUCCAUGUGCUGGCACAACACCUAAUUUCCAGGGCUGUAAUUUUGUAGUUGCUGAGUCUUUUGAGUCGCUUCACUGGUUUGAUUCAGCACCUGAUUUAUGCUUGACUUGAACACUGUAAGAAGGUGCUCGUUUUUAACUGUUUUGCUGAACGGAGAUAGAAGGAAAACCUCAGUGCCACAGGGCCUUAAGGAAAGUAUUGGGUCCUUGCAGAGGAACUGUAGGUAGGCCCUGUCCCUGCACUUACCUGGAUGAAUGGUUGACUUCACACAUUUUGGGUAAGCCUGUUCAGACCACUGGGGAAGGUCUCAGCAUCUGAAUGCAUGAAUCUGGGCUGUACUCGGGCUUUGGGCUGCAGUUAAAUGUGAAGGAAUUCUGCAGCAAUGUUACUUGAAAGGACUUCUAUCCCAGUGGACUGAACCAGCAGAGCUUUAUAUUUUUAUUGAAACAAUUCAAACCCUGCUGCGCUCAGAUUUUGAGAAGCUGUUCCCUGUGGGCUGAGGUCUUAGUUUAAAAAGCUUUUGGUUGUAUUUUGCAGUUACAGGCUGUAAAGAUACUUAACUGUGUUUUGGGUUUUACUUGUUGGGGCUGCUGCUGUUAUUUAUUUAUUUAUUUGAGUAGCUUUUGCACUUCAGUGACUGGGGUAGGGGUUAAUGACGAAGCUGGAGGUGCUGGGCUGAAGCCUUCCUUGCAUCGAUUGUAGGCAGGAAUUGGGACUCUCAGUCUGCCCAUGUCUCCUUCCAUGUCAAUCUGCAGCAUUUUGGUUCCUCCCAGCUACAAAAUUGCUGGACAAAAAGAUAAAGAUCUGCUUUUCAUUCUUGAAAACUAUAAAGGUCCCCCAGGUUGUGGAUAAACAGUGUGUUCUGUUAGUAUUGGGUGUCAAUAUUCAUUGAUCUGUAAAUGAGCAAGACCAACAAAAGUUGUGUGUGUAGAAAUGUGAGUGACCAGUAGGUACAACCAAAUUUAAAUAUCACUACAGGGUUCGUUUGUUGUUUUUUAAUGCUGGUUAUUGUGAAUUUUAUCCUUUACCAACCUGUGUUGAAUAAAAACAGAUUCUAUUCUAAAAUGA